GAAAAGCCGCGGUGUGCAUUACCAAUGAGUCCUGAAGUGCCGCCAAGCGAUUCCCAAUUGUUGCGCCCGAUUGUGGAUGCAGUGUGUGACCGGUGCAGUGUAAAGCCAUCAUAAAAACCUGCUGCAGCGCGCGCGUGGCCGUUUCCGGUGGCGAAUUUUUCCGCUUUAUGCUGAAUGUUGCAUUCAGCGCGCGUUGCUCCGAUGGCGACGCUUCGGUGGCGUUAUCGGCUGGCCAUUGUUUGUGGAUUACUGGUGUUCCGGUGGGAGCCCCCGAUGGUUUAUGCUAAUUUACACCCACCGCCACAGCAGGAGCAACCCGCUGGUGACCGCACGGUAACCGGAAACGGUGGCGCCACAAUCGAUGGCGGUGCAGCCGGUGCGUCCACCGAGGGCUUCCGAUGCUGCGCCGAAGUCCAGGGAUCCUGCCGAGCGGCAUGCGAGAAUCUGUCGCUGGCACGGAUCGCGGCGGAUCCGGGCUCCCGGGAGGCCAAACUGGUGGACGUGCGGAUGUACUGCCCGGCGCAGCAGCAGCUGCCGUUCUGGCGGUGCAUGAACGAGACGAUGGCGAGCGUGCAGCGGGGCGCGAGCUGGCCGGGCCGGAUCUGCUGUCCGAUGGCGAUGUCCGUCAGGUGUCAGCACGUGUGCGCGACGGGGUCAUCGCAGGACGAGCUGCGGCCCGGGUGCCGGCCGAGCGACGAGCAGAGCCUGUUCGGGUGCCUGAAGCGCCAGGAGGACGGCCACCGGUGCUGCGGCAGCGCCCGCACGGCCGAGUGUUUGCAGGCGUGCGGCGAGGUGUUCCGCCGCCACCAGACGCCCUCGCGGGCCCUCCGCGAGCAGGUGCUGAGCGCCUGCCGCAGCAACAACAGCAACGUGAUGCAGUGCAUCCGCGGGUUCAUCGACGUGACCUUCAACCGGAACCUGAAACGCUAUGUGCCGUGCUGCGAUAGCGCACCGGAAGCACGGUGCCGGAGCGUUUGCCGCGAGACGCUGACCGCCGGUGGGUCCGACACCGACCCGUACACGGUCGAGGAGAUGAUCGAUCUGCUGCAGCACCGGGGCGGCUGCGGGGCACUGAUGCCCACCGAGGCCCCGUGGAGGUGCUUUCUCGAGGCGGACCGUCUCCACGGUGCGUCUGCGGCGGCCGCAGCAUCCCGGCAGCAGCUCAACUCGAACGAGGUGUCCCGCAUCAACCAGAUCGGCAUGGACUCGGCCAAGCAGCAUUGCUGCCUGCGGGCGGAAUCGGUGCGCUGCGGGCGGCUCUGCUUCACCACGUACGCCAACGAGUGGACCACCAAUCUGGUGGACUUCGAGCAGGAGUGCCUGACCGCGCCGGAAGAGCACGCCCUGCGCCAGUGCAUCGACGAAGUCGACGAACCGUGCGAGCUCGGGUGUGACGGGUUGUCGUUCUGCAGCAACUUCAACAAUCGGCCGACGGAGCUGUUCCGAAGUUGCCGCCAGCCGUCGGACGUGGCCGCCCGGGCCGAUGUGCAGCGGUGGCGUCAGCAGGGCUACGUUCCGUUUUUGGGCGUCCAGCUGCCGAUGCGCAAUCAGACGGAGUGUUCGUUCGAGAUCUGGAAGUCGAUCGCCUGCACGCUGCAGAUCAAGCCAUGUACGAAGGCACACCACACGAACCACAUCUGCCGCCAGGACUGCCACGAGGUGCUGAAGAACUGCGUCGACUGGGACCGGAUGCCGGAAGGGUACAGCGUUGGGGCGCUCUGUCAGCAGCUGGCCCCCCAGAACAACACCGUGCCCUGCAUCUCCAUGGGCCGCUUUCAGCCUGGUUUGGCCCGGGGAGACCUGCCGUCGGGGGAGGUGACGGACGUCGCGCUGGUGUCACCGUGCCGCGGGAAUCCGUGCAAUGUGUCCCAGGUGUGUGUGGCCAAUCGGGACGGCACGUAUGGGUAUCGGUGUGUGGCCGGGUGCGCCCUAGGGGAAGCUUCAUCGUACCUCGUGCCGGUCGGGACGUUCGUGCGGAUCCCGGUGUCGGUCGGCCAAACGGGCUGCCUGAAGGUGUGCCGCUGUGGUGCGGGGGGUCGGAUCGAAAAAUGUCAGCCACUGCCCUGCAUCAGCUACGAAACGUGCUCGCUGGCCGGGCGCCGGUUCGCGCAUCUGUCACACUUCUACGUCGAGUGUAACGUGUGUAGCUGUUUCGCGGAGGAAAUCACGUGCACCAAGAAGCAAUGUCACGUGCCGGGGCUCACGGUGGACCGGGCGUUCACCAGCCUGCCCUGCAAUUGCCCGCCCCAGUAUAUGCCGGUCUGCGGUCGAAACGGUAACACCUACCCGUCGGCGUGCGUCGCCAAGUGUUCCGGUCUGGCCGACACCGACAUCGAGUUUGGACCUUGCCGAGCGCGGGCCGCCUGUCAGCGGGUGGAUUGCGGUCCGCUUGGUGUGUGCUUGCCGGACUGGAAUGUGUGCCUGUCCGGGAUGCAUAAGCCCUGUCCCCAGCACCGCUGUGUCAACCUAACCGCAACGAACUGCUCCAGCGUCACCGACGUGCGAGAUACUAAUCUCGGAUACCAUCCGACGCUGUGCGCACUGGUGCUGGAACGGGCCACGUUCGCGUAUCAGGAGAAGUACCGCAAGCACUGCGAGACAUCGCGCCGCCGGAACCAGGUUUGCGGUGUUAAUGGGAUCACCUACCGGAGUGAGUGCGAAGCGUGGAGCGACUACUCGACCGUGGACUAUAACGGGCCGUGCCAGGAGGUGGGCCUGAUCAGUGCCGAGCUGGAGGCCAAGUGCUCCACGAUCAAGUGUCCGAAGCGGAAGUCGUACACCUGUAAUCCGGUGCUGCCGCCCGGAGCUUGCUGUCCGGUGUGCGGAACCGGACUGCGCAUCGUCUACUCGCGCAAGCAGAUCGACCGUGGGCUGUACGCACUGAAGGGACAGUCGACCGAGUACUUGACACUAAAGUCGAUCCUCCGCUCGCUCGAGGCGCUGCUGCAAACGGUCGAGUGUCGGCUGAGUGGACAGCUCACGUUCGAGAACGAUCUGUACGUGAUUGUGGAACCGCUCGGCAAGAGCCCCACCAAGCUUCAGGCGCAAAUCUGCGCCCGGGAAGCGGAACGACUGGUGACCUUGGUGCGCACCCAGAGCCAUCGCAUCACGAGUGAGCUCAACCUCAGUGCGCUAACGAUGGCCUCACUGGUGACGUCCGGUGGUAGUGGAGCGAGAUCCUCGUCCGUGCCAUUUCUGUACAGUAGCGUCUUAGCGUUAGCGUUAGGAUAUAUGAUCGGUGCCACGAGGUGCCACUAGAGCAGGUGAAUUCGCAUGUGCCACGACGGACUCCCUCGCGUACCGGAGUUUCCGGAUCGCGAGGGCCUUCCCCAUUUAGCCUGUAUGCAUUUAGAAACCGCGUUUGACUGUGAUAGUUAGCUGUAACCGCGUACCGCGAUUUCUGACCCAAAGUUGCCAAAGCC